UCCUGUGGGUCUUUUAUAAUCCGUCAGUCUGUCCAACUCUUGCUCGCAUACACUCUGAACCAGAGCCAUACAGGCGGUAUUCGAUCUACGAUGCAACCAUCGAGGAGUGGAGCACGAUCCUCCGACUCGGUCACGAGUGGGGCUUCGCUGAGGUGCAAAAGCUUGCUGUCCGGGAACUCGAGAAGCAUCCACACUCUAAAUCACUCACCUCCAUCGACCGGAUCGUUCUGUAUCGCAGGCACGGCGUUCCAGAAGAUGUGCUCGUCCCAUACUAUGCCGCCAUCUGUGCUCGGGGGACUCCGCUCGAGUACGAGGAGUGCCAGAAAUUGGGAAUGAAGCCAGUUGUCGCGAUUAAUCAAGCAUUGCAUGCACUGGCAUAUAAAUGCGACGAAAAAAUGGCUCCACUGGUCUCAAAGAUCGUGGCUCACUCUAAUCAAACCUCGC